AUGUCACCAGCGAUGGGUGGAUCAGUCAAGAGUGGUCAGAAGGAGACGACCGUAGCUCGGAUAGUGGGUGCAGGUACUGCUGGUAUUGCCGAGCUGGCAAUUUUUCAUCCAGUUGACACUAUCGCCAAACGAUUGAUGUCCAAUCAGACCAAGGUCUCUGGCAUCACACAGUUCAACUCCGUUAUCUUCAAAUCACACGCCAACGACCCCCUUGUGCGACGCUUCUUCACCCUAUUUCCUGGUCUUGGAUACGCAGCGGCAUACAAAAUUCUUCAGCGAGUGUACAAAUAUGGCGGUCAGCCUUUUGUGCGGGAUUACCUCGCCAAGCACCAUGGUGAGACGUUCGACAAGCUAGGAAAGGGCACCGGCAAGGCAAUCAUGCAUGCGACAGCUGGCUCACUGAUUGGAAUCGGUGAGAUCGUCCUGUUGCCGCUCGAUGUCCUGAAGAUCAAGAGACAGACAAACCCUGAAGCAUUCCGUGGCCGCGGCAUCUUCAAGAUCGUUGCAGACGAGGGGUUUGGUCUAUACCGUGGUUGGGGCUGGACCGCCGCUCGAAACGCCCCAGGAUCCUUCGCGUUGUUCGGAGGAUCUGCAUUUGCAAAACAAUACCUCUUCCAACUCCAAGAUUACAACUCAGCGACCUGGUUCCAGAACUUUGUUGCAUCCAUCGCGGGUUCGAGCGCAUCAUUGGUGGUUUCGGCGCCCUUGGAUGUCGUCAAGACUCGCAUUCAGAACCGCAAUUUCGAGGCUAAGGAGACGGGCGUGAAGAUCAUCUCGGACAUGCUCCGUCAUGAAGGUCCCUCAGCCUUCUUCAAGGGACUCGUGCCCAAACUGCUGAUGACUGGUCCUAAACUCACAUUUUCUUUCUGGCUUGCACAAACUUUGAUCCCAAUGUUCAGCAAGGUCAUGUAA